AGAGGAGAAGGAAAAAACAGAUUGGAUAGGAGUGUGUGCAGCCUUUCACAACACAAGUGGAGCACUACUCAAGGAGGAAGAGAAGGACUCAACUUCUUUUUGUUUUCUUUUCUCACCAUUAAGGAGAGGGGAUUAAGCAUGUCCAAGGAAGGAAAGAGAACAGCCUCUACGACUUCUGCCGACUCAGUGGCAUCAGCUGCAUCAGGUAGCAAAGAUGGUUCCACAUCGGGCUCAGUCUCAGACACACCCAAGAAAUCAUCAAAAAAACCCAAGAAAACCAUGGAGAGCAUGACAAAAGUCUACAACUCUGUGCUCAACAGUGUUUUUGGAGCGGAGAGAGAAUUAGCUCAGGCUGAGUUGGAUGAGUUGCAAGAAGCCUUCAAAGAGUUUGACUACGACCAAGAUGGAUACCUGAACUAUAAGGAUGUGGCAGAAUGCAUGAGGACCAUGGGAUACAUGCCCACAGAAAUGGAGCUGCUGGAGAUAGUACAGCAGAUCAAGAUGAGAAUGGGCGGGUUAAUGGAUUUCGAGGACUUUAUUGAACUGAUGGGACCCAGGAUGAUGGGAGAGACUGCUCACAUGCUGGGACUCAAAGAGCUCCAGUCGGCCUUCGUACAGUUUGACCUCGAUGGAGACGGAAAGAUCAACCAGGAUGAGAUGAAGGAGGCGAUUAAGCAGAUGCUGGGGGAGAAGCUGAAGAAAGGAGAACUGGAGGAGAUCUUAAAGGAGCUGGACAUUAACGCAGAUGGAUGCAUCGACUUUGAAGAGUUUGUGAUGAUGCUCUCCAUUCACUGACAAGGACAGGAUACUCGU